CAGAAUUUAGCCUUUAUUUAAUGCACACAACAUUGCGAAAAUUUUACAUUGGCAACGCAUCAGUGACACAAAAACAGCUAUGGUUGGAGGUGGUAACACUAAAUCCGAUAUCUCUUUUGCUGGCACUUUCGCCAGUAGUGCUUUUUCUGCAUGUUUCGCUGAGAUAUGUACUAUUCUUCUGGACACUGCCAAAGUUAGGCUUCAACUUCAAAAGCAAGCUGUUGGCGAUGCGGUGACCUUACCUAAAUAUAAGGGUAUGCUGGGAACAGUUGGAACCAUUGCCAGGGAAGAAGGUCUUUCAGCGCUCUGGAAGGGAAUUGUACCAGGGUUACAUCGUCAAUGUUUGUAUGGAGGUUUAAGAAUCGGGUUAUACGAGCCAGUUAAGGAUUUGUAUGUUGGGAAAGACCAUGUUGGAGAUGUUCCGUUGUUGAAAAAAAUUCUUGCUGCCUUAACAACUGGUGCUGUAGCAAUUGCAGUGGCAAAUCCUACCGAUCUUGUCAAAGUUAGACUUCAAGCAGAAGGAAAAUUGCCUCCUGGAGUGCCCAGGCGCUACACUGGAUCAUUGAAUGCUUAUUCGACAAUUAUGAGACAGGAAGGAAUUGGAGCUCUUUGGACUGGCAUUGGCCCCAAUAUCGCAAGAAAUGCUAUCAUUAAUGCUGCUGAACUAGCCAGCUAUGAUCAAGUGAAAGAGACCAUUUUGAAAAUUCCAGGAUUCACUGAUAAUGUUGUCACACAUCUUCUUUCUGGUCUUGGGGCGGGUUUCUUUGCAGUCUGCAUUGGCUCCCCAGUUGACGUGGUUAAGUCAAGAAUGAUGGGAGAUUCUAGUUACACAAGCACCAUUGAUUGUUUUGUCAAAACAUUGAAAAAUGAUGGACCUUUAGCCUUCUAUAAGGGGUUCAUACCGAAUUUCGGACGGCUAGGAUCUUGGAAUGUGAUCAUGUUUUUAACACUAGAACAGACUAAAAAGUUCGUCAAGAAAUUGGAAUCAGCUUGAGCUCAGCCAAGUAUUGCUGAAGAAUUUUUUGAGAAUGGUGAGUGACAACUGGGGGUGCAGAUAGAAAUCAUCAAGAAAAUAUGAACACUUAUCUUCCUUUUACCUAUUGGAAUGUGUGAACAUUUACUUUUUUGGCGGAGUAAACUUAGGUAUUAAUAAAUGAAAAUAAUAGAAUGUGGUCCAUGUUAGACACCACCUACGCGACCUAUUCAUAUAAGCUAGUUUUAAUUUUAAAGCUUAGCUAGUUUUAAUUUUAAAGGUGUUUUAGAAAGAAAAAGUUUAAAGGCACUGUUUUAUUUCUUUGUAAUUCUUACAAUUUUAUUAUUAUUACGAGCCAGCCUGGCUUGUGUUGCUUUUUGCGCGCCUUA